GUUACUGUUGUGAAUGCACAUCUAAUAUAGCCUUCUUCCUUCAGCCCCUUAGUACAGCGUGGAUCAAGUGUUUUCUUAGGAUGAAUACAGAGAUCUCUGCAGGCCUUUGACUCUCUGGGUUUCCUCAGCACCACUUGUACUGCCCUACCUGAAUGACCCAGCACUGCCUCACCCGAGCUGCCUCACUGCCCCUUUCCAAACACACCUGCUUACCUGGACUGUCUGAUAAGAAAGAACCAUCUCACCUGCACCACUGUGUCCGAAUCACCUCUUCUGCCUACGUCAUCCCACUUGUACAAGCUGCUCCAUCCCACCUGGACCACCCACCUCUCCUGCAUAGAUCACUCCACCUGGACCACCCCUCUUGCUUGCUUCACCGGCACCCCUACCUGUGCCGACACAGUUACACUUCACCAGUCCAGGCAUACCCCCACACUGUGUAACCAGCUUAGGCACGUCUCCACAAUAUCCUUCUCCCCUCUGCCGUCACUGGUCAGACGGUCAGCUUCGGGAUUUCCUCCCCUAGGCAGCAUCCCUCAUCUCCCGAUCCUCUUGUCACAGGUGUUCUGCGCUCUGAGUGCCUGACUUGUGAUUUAGCAUCUGUUGGUGGGAUCAGUUUGCCAGUGUCCAUCUCUCCAAGUAGACCAUAAACUCCAAGAAUGCUGGAACCCUGCCUAUUUCAUUCUCCUUGGCUCCUACCUUAAGGAAUGAAGAGCAAAAGAAAAUUUGAUUUGAAAAAGGCUUUGGGACUAGCUCCAUGCCACCCAAAUGCUCUUUUAGUUAAGCCUCCUGUGUAAGCACUCAACAUUUUUUAUUUUUGAGGUCGACACCCUCAUCUGUCCUUUGCACUUGAGGAAACAGGGCUCAGAGGAGUUAGGUGAAUUGCCCAGAAUCUCCCAGCCACAGCUGCUAAAUACCAGGUCCUGCUGCAUCAACCCUGGAGGCUGACCAACAGUUGGGGAUGGUGGGCACAUGAGUAAAACCAUCAUCUCUUUGUCUCUUUCUUUGCUCCCAUGGUCAUCCCCAUAGCUGGACAAGAUGCUGGACCCCCAGGUGUGGCGGGAGGCAGCCACGCAGGUGUUCUUCGCCCUGGGGCUGGGCUUUGGAGGUGUCAUUGCCUUUUCCAGCUACAACAAACAGGACAAUAACUGCCACUUUGAUGCUGCUCUGGUGUCCUUCAUCAACUUCUUCACCUCGGUGUUGGCCACCCUCGUGGUAUUUGCUGUGCUGGGCUUCAAAGCCAACAUCAUGAAUGAGAAGUGUGUGGUCGAGAAUGCUGAGAAAAUUCUAGGGUACCUCAACUCCAAUGUCCUGAGCCGGGACCUCAUUCCACCCCAUGUCAACUUCUCACACCUGACCACCAAGGACUACUCAGAGAUGUACAACGUCAUCAUGACUGUUAAGGAAAAACAAUUCCCAGCCUUGGGCCUGGAUCCCUGCCUCCUGGAGGAUGAGCUGGACAAGUCUGUGCAGGGCACAGGCCUGGCCUUCAUCGCCUUCACAGAGGCCAUGACACAUUUCCCGGCCUCCCCCUUCUGGUCUGUCAUGUUCUUCCUGAUGCUCAUCAACCUGGGCUUGGGCAGCAUGAUCGGGACCAUGGCAGGAAUCACCACGCCUAUCAUCGACACCUUCAAGGUGCCCAAGGAGAUCUUUACAGUGGGCUGCUGUGUCUUUGCAUUCUUCGUGGGGCUGUUGUUCGUCCAGCGCUCCGGGAACUAUUUUGUCACCAUGUUUGAUGACUACUCGGCCACCCUGCCACUCACCGUCAUCGUCAUCCUUGAGAACAUCGCUGUGGCCUGGAUUUAUGGAACCAAGAAGUUCAUGCAGGAGCUAACAGAGAUGCUGGGCUUCCGACCCUAUCGCUUCUAUUUCUACAUGUGGAAGUUUGUGUCUCCAUUGUUCAUGGCUGUCCUCACCACAGCCAGCAUCAUCCAGCUGGGGGUGUCGCCCCCAGGCUACAGUGCCUGGAUUAAAGAGGAGGCUGCUGAGCGCUACCUGUACUUCCCCAAUUGGGCCAUGGCACUGCUGAUCACCCUCAUUGCCGUGGCAACCCUGCCCAUCCCUGUUGUGUUCAUCCUGCGGCAUUUCCACCUGCUCUCCGAUGGUUCCAACACCCUCUCUGUGUCCUACAAGAAGGGCCGCAUGAUGAAGGACAUCUCCAAUCUGGAGGAGAACGACGAGACCCGCUUCAUCCUUAGCAAGGUGCCCAGUGAGGCACCCUCCCCCAUGCCCACCCACCGCUCUUAUCUGGGACCUGGCAGCACAUCACCCCUGGAGACCAGUGGCAAUCCCAAUGGACGCUAUGGAAGCGGCUACCUCCUGGCCAGCACCCCUGAGUCAGAGCUGUGACCGCUACUCCAUCCCACCUGCCUCCCCUCAAUACCCAACCUGCCCACUCGGCUGGGCCUGGCCUCUUCCUCCAUGAUAGCCACCAGACCUAAGUCAGUCCAAGGAAAGAGGAUCUGCCCUGCCUUGUUCCCCACCCAAGUCCCAGCAGACUCCCUACCUAUGAGCAAGGGAUCGGGGACAAUUCCAUCCCCUAUUCCAGGCCUCCAACCCAUAUAACUUUUUGAGAACUCUUGCCAAGUUGCAGCCAUGUAACCACAACAAUCCCAUUAUGGGGGAACUUCAAGUGGGCACUUUAGGAGUCACUACCCUCUCUCCCUGUAAAAUCUACCACUUGCCGUUCUCAGGUCUUGGGGAGGGUCGUUUUGUGCUGCUUUCACGGUGGUGGUGGGCAGAGGCUUUGGGGCCGAGGGCGCAGGAAGUAGACUUUAGCCCAGUCUGCCAUAAGAACAGAACACACCAUCCUGUUCAACCCAGCAUGGCUGCUCCUGAGCUGAGAUGGGAGAUAGGGACAUGUGUGUCAGGACUUGGGCUUUGAUUUGCCAGGAGGUAUAUGGAAACUCCUCAGUUCUGUCUUACGAGAUAGGUGGUAAUCUCAGGCUUGAGUGUGAACGUGGGCAUUGAAAGGAACGGCUCUGCAGCCAGCUCAUGGAAUCACUGAAAUGUCCCUGUUUCUCCUGCCAGGGGCAGAUGGGAUAUCUUCCUGAUUCUGCCUGGGACAUGGUGAAGGGGUCACCUUAGCUACAGUUUAGCCAUUUGUCAGUCCCCACUAUGGAACCUGGAGGUGUGGUGGUCUUUGCCUCUGUCCCGGAGAGAAAGGGAGCAGCGCAAGGCGAGGUUUCCAGAACACAGUUUGAAGGUUCACAGCACAAUCUAGGUUUGGAGCACAAGUGAAACUCUCUUCCACUCUCAUCUGGAACUCCAUUUCCUCUUUAGUGGCAGCUUCUGCCCUGGAAUGGGGGUUCCUGGAGUUCAGGGCCACAUCAUCAGGAACCCUCGUUUCUAAGGAAAGACAGGUAAUUUCACUGCCCCUUUGGGCUGCCACUCACUCUCCUUGUUGUUGCUCAAGCACAGCCACCAGUGUUCACAUCAAGUGAAGACACCUUGGAAGCCUUUCCCAGACUUCCCUAGCCUUUUCCUAGAAGUGGCACUGGUAAUUCUGGGCAGGAUAGAGGCUGAUGGGGGCAAAGCAGAGCCUCUGGUCUUAGGCACUGAAAGAAGAUGCAGCCUCUAUGUCCCCGACCUUCUUUCAAAGCUCCCCUGGGAGACAGGCUGUUUCAGAGCAUCCUGUAAGGACACAGGAGAUGACCUGAGAAUCAGGGUGUCUUUCUGCAGUAUGACCUCAGAAAGAUGGUGUAUGGUACAUAUGGCCGAUAGGCUAGGAUGGGUGGGUGGAUAGAUGGAUGGGUAGAAUAAACAU